AUGGCCACUGAAACUAGCAGUGCCCCCACUGCGCGACUCCAGAGAGUCGCUUCGCAACCUGAGAACCCCUAUGCACAAUUGAUUGAAGAUCAAUCAAUCGCAAUUGUCCCUUCCUUCAAGCUCGAAUCCGGUGUUACACUGUACAAUGUCCCAGUCGCCUAUACCACACGUGGAACCCUCGCUCCUGCUGGCGAUAAUGUUUUGGUCAUCUGUCACGCCCUGAGUGGCAGUGCGGAUGUUGCGGACUGGUGGGGACCUCUUCUCGGCGGUCCUGGUCAAGCAUUCGAUGUUUCUCGGUUCUUCGUGGUCUGCCUGAACAGUUUGGGCAGUCCGUAUGGAAGUGCCAGUGCUGUGACUUAUAAGGAUGGCAAGCCUGAAAAUGGCUACUAUGGACCCGAGUUCCCCCUGACCACUGUCCGUGAUGACGUCAACAUCCACAAGCUUGUCUUGGAUGACCUUGGUGUCAAGCAGAUCGCUGCCGUCGUAGGCGGAUCCAUGGGUGGAAUGCUUACCCUGGAAUACUCCUUCUUCGGCAAGGACUAUGUGCGUGCUAUCGUGCCAAUUGCUACCUCGGCACGCCAUUCCGCUUGGUGCAUCAGCUGGGGUGAGGCCCAGAGACAGAGCAUCUACAGCGAUCCCAAGUAUGAUGACGGCUACUAUCCGUUCAAUGACCCCCCUUCCACCGGUCUCGGAGCUGCUCGCAUGUCCGCACUUUUGACUUACCGCAGCCGCAACUCGUUUGAGUCACGAUUCGGUCGCAAUGUGCCUGACCCAACCAAGAGAUUGAACAUCAACGGCGUUGAAAAGCAGCCCACUCCUCCCAAUGAGCACUGGGCCAUUCACAAUGAUGGACACCGUGGUGGUACGACUUCGCGCUCCGAAAGCAGACAAGGAUCCCCGGCUCCUCAGUCUGAGGUCCAGUUCAUGGAUCCUCAAUUCUCAGGCACGAAGACCUUUGUCCCAGAGGAUGAAUCGAAGCCCAAACUUACCCCAAGUGGUCGCCCUCGCCCGCCAACCUACUUCUCGGCGCAGUCGUACCUCCGUUAUCAGGGUGACAAAUUCGUCAAGCGAUUUGACGCCAACUGCUACAUCGCUAUGACUCGCAAGCUUGACACUCACGAUGUUUCUCGCCACCGUGCAGACCCUGCUGCUGACGAUACCGUUCUGGAGGCUUUAGGACGUGUUGAGCAACCCGCCCUCGUCCUUGGCAUCGAAUCUGAUGGUCUCUUCACCUUUGCAGAGCAGCAAGAGGUCGCUGCCGGUAUUCCCGACUCGCGCCUAAAGCGGAUCGACAGCCCCGAGGGUCACGAUGCCUUCCUGCUUCAGUUCGAGCAGGUCAACCGCCACAUUGUUGAUUUCUUCAACGAGGUCUUGCCCGACAUCAUGUCGAAGUCGACAGACGGUGCUGCAGCUGUGGCUAGUGUCAAAAAACUGACCAAGAGCAGCACUUUCGGCGAGGCCGAGGUGGAGGAUAUCACCGCUUGGUAG